GCCUCCGGCGGCAGAGGCUGGCGUGACGUUGCACCAGCCUGAGGCCCGCCGUGCGUUCUCCCGGGGAAGUUGUCCCUGGAUCCCGGGAAACUUGCAGUGGCGGGCUGCACAGGCUCCCCAGAAGGGAGGUGUGGAUAGUGACCUGUGCUUGCCCACAGGCUUCUUGGUGGCAGCAGCAGCAGCCUUAGCGUCUCCUGCCCAUCUCUGGGGUCUGCGCUUUUAGCCGCGGCUCACGCCCGUCUCUGGAGCUCCUUUAAGCAGCGCUCUUAAUCCCCUCUCCUCGUGCACCAGGAAACGAGGAGGGAAGAAAAAGUCUCUUGCUUCUUCUGUAGCUCCAGACCUUUUCCCAGACUCCCUCCUGGGUAGCUGUGGUGCACUAACCCUGCAGGCUGUGUUCACUCUGCCAACCCCAGUCCUCUCCCUGCGAUCCACCCAAGGCCCGAGCCUCAGCUCACAGCCCCGCCCCGGCGGGUGAGCAGACAAGGCUCUUGGGCUGGUGAGUCCUCUGUGUGGGAAUAUCCCUGCUUUGCCCUCCUCACCCCUGUUGCUGCGCUCUUCUCCGUGGCGCCGAAGCUCCCCCCCUCCGCCACCCGCAGUCUCCAGCCGUGAAGGGGCUUCCUAGUGUUUGGAAACCUUUCCUCCUUCACAGCUCCCUCCCACUGGUGCAGGUCCCAUUCCUAUUCUUUUGUCUCUGUUUUUUCUUUUUUUCUUUUGCCCUACCCAGGUACGUGGGGGAGUUUCUUGCCUUUUGGGAGGUCUGAGGUCUGCCAGCAUUCAGUAGGUGUUCUGUAGGAGUUGCUCCACGUGUAGAUGUAUUUCUGGUGUAUCUGUGGGGAGGAAGGUUAUCUCCGCGUCUUAGUCUUCUGCCAUCUUCCCCUCGUCCCCCAAGACCUUAUUUAAAUACCAUCAAUAUUCAGUCUAUACAUUUAGUCUCAGUAACCAAAUGCUGUAUCACAUGAAACAUCUCCAGUUUUUUCUGUCCCUUCCAGGAUGGAAGAACAGUUAUAAAACCACAAAGUCAACUCAAACACAAGGUUCUUCAUUUCAGGAGAUGAUAAUGAAAAGAUCCAAAAGGAAUGGACCCUGGGACUUCAAAUCAGAAAAACCUUGCAAAUAUGAAGACAGAUUAGAGAAAAAGCAGAAGAAAAACCAAAGUGUUCAGAUAGUUUCAGUCACUCACAAAAAAAUCUUCACUGUAGAAAGAAAACAUAAAAAUACUGAAUUUGGCCAAAACUUCAGCCUAAAGUCAGUCCUUGUUAGGCAACAGAUGGUUCCCAGAGAAAAAACCCCACCAAAAUGUGAAAUACAAGGAAACAGCUUCAAACAGAAUUCCAAUUUACUUAAUCAACAAAAAAUCAACACAGCCGGGAAACGUUAUAAAUGUAGUAUGUGUGAGAAAACCUUCAUUAAUACUUCAUCCCUUCGUAAACAUGAGAAAAACCAUAGUGGAGAGAAAUUAUUUAAAUGUAAAGACUGUUCGAAAGCCUUUAACCAAAGUUCAGCUCUUAUUCAACAUCAAAUAACUCAUACUGGAGAGAAACCCUAUAUAUGUAAAGAAUGUGGGAAAGCUUUCACUCUCAGUACAUCCCUUUAUAAACACCUAAGAACACACACUGUGGAGAAAUCCUAUAGAUGUAAGGAAUGUGGUAAAUCCUUCAGCAGAAGGUCAGGCCUUUUUAUACAUCAAAAAAUCCAUGCUGGAGAAAACCCCUAUAAAUAUAAUCCAGGUAGGAAGGCAUCUAGUUGCAACACAUCCCUUCCUGGAUGUCAGAGAAUGAAUUCCAGAAAGAAGUCCUAUUUAUGUAAUGAAUGUGGCAAUACCUUUAAGUCUAGUUCAUCCCUUCGUUAUCAUCAGAGAAUUCACACAGGAGAGAAACCUUUUAAAUGUAGUGAAUGUGGGAGAGCCUUCAGUCAGAGUGCAUCUCUUAUUCAACAUGAAAGAAUUCACACUGGAGAAAAGCCUUAUAGAUGUAAUGAAUGUGGAAAAGGUUUCACUUCUAUUUCACGACUUAACAGACACCGAAUAAUUCAUACUGGUGAGAAGUUUUAUAAUUGUAAUGAAUGUGGUAAAGCCUUAAGUUCCCACUCAACACUUAUCAUUCAUGAAAGAAUUCAUACUGGAGAGAAACCAUGUAAAUGUAAAGUGUGUGGGAAAGCCUUCAGACAAAGUUCAGCUCUCAUUCAACAUCAGAGAAUGCAUACUGGAGAAAGACCCUAUAAAUGUAAUGAGUGUGGGAAAACUUUCAGGUGUAACUCAUCCCUUAGUAAUCAUCAGAGAAUUCACACAGGAGAGAAACCAUAUCGAUGUGAAGAAUGUGGGAUAUCUUUUGGCCAAAGUUCAGCUCUUAUUCAACAUCGAAGGAUUCAUACAGGAGAGAAACCCUUCAAAUGUAAUACAUGUGGGAAAACUUUUAGACAGAGCUCAUCACGUAUUGCCCAUCAGAGAAUUCAUACUGGAGAGAAACCCUAUGAAUGUAAUACAUGUGGGAAACUUUUCAAUCACAGGUCAUCUCUUACUAAUCAUUAUAAAAUUCAUAUUGAAGAGAACCCCUAGAAAGUAGGUUUGCAUGUGUGAAAUUCUGAAACCAAAGCUCAUCAGAAUACAUGAAAGUGAUGUAAUAAAUGUAAUGGAUAUGAAAAGCUAUUCUAUGGUUUAGUCAUCAAAUAAUAAAUUCCAAGUGUAAACCUAUGUAAUAGAUAAUGAGGAAAGUGGAAAUUGUUCAGUCCUAUCAGACACUUUAUAAUAACCUAAAAUGAAGAAUUCCUGACUGGAGACAUUGACUUUGGGCAUUUGUAAAAUAAUUGUUUUCUCUACAGCAUCAUAUGCUGCAUAUCAUAUGUAAUUGUUAUAAACAUCUGGGUGAUGAAGGGAAGUGUGCACUGGAUUUCCUGUUAAACUGUAAACUUAAUACUUUUUAAAAAAUAACUGACAUUGUAAUAGUAUAUAAAAGAUGUGGUCAAAGAAAUUAUACAUUUUUAGAGAAAAGGACCAAAUAAAAGAUUAAAAUGAAUGUAAACUACCUCUCA